UCAUAACAUUCACAAUUUCUAUUCAAGAAGAUAUUGAGAUUUUUCAAAGUUUCGAUAUUCUGUUGUGAAAAUGGCAACUCGAUUUGGUAAAAAGACCAGAAAAUGCAAGCAAUGCAAAGGGGACAUUUGCAUUCACGAAACUGCGAAGCAAAAAGACACUCUCCCUUUCGGACCCAGCAUAGCAGAACAAUGCAUGGAUAUUUUGGACAAACUAUUGAAGGACAAAAAAGGAAGUCCAGAAGAUAUUCUGAAACUUGCAACACAAGAUCAACUGUUUCAGAUUGGGAUGGAUCCUCUUUGUCUAGUGGCCGCAGUGGGAAAUGUGGACGUGAUGCGCAGAUUUCUAGAUGCGGGCUCGAAUGUCAAUGUCAGGUCUACGGCGGACGCCAGCACCCCAUUGAUGUUAGCCACACAGAACCGACACGCCGAGAUGGCCGAACUCCUUCUGAAACACGGCGCUGACGUCACAGCGGUCAACAUGGAAAAGAACAAUUCGUUUUGUAUAGCGGUAAGAACUGGGGACGCUAAGCUGGUGAAUGCCCUUUGGCCAUACCGUGGGAAUCUAGACAUCAAUCACACGAACUCCGAAGGUCAGACGGUCCUUCACUUUGCUGCCGAGAAGUUGUGGGAGGCUUGUGUCGGAUUUCUGCUGACUAAUGGAGCUCAGAUCAACAGGCAGAACAAUGAAGGCUUAACCCCACUGAUGAUCGCGGCAAUGAAGGGAGAUGCCAAGACUGUAGAAAAGUUCUUGUCAUCGGGUGCAGACUACCUUAUAGAGGACGUUACAGGGAUGACGGCAGUGUGCUGGGCUUUUGACUCCCAGAAAUUUGAUUCCUUCAAUUUGAUUCUCGGCAAGAUGUCUCCGAAAGACAAGGAGCAGUUCAUCAAGAGCCGCACAGAAAGAAUGAAGAAUCCUUCACUGGAACACGACAGUGAAAGUGAUAUUGCGUUUUAUGAAGACAUACUGAUUCCGAUGUUCAAGCGUCUAGCCACAAUGAAAGAAUUCCGCGACGCCAUAUUGAAACAGAAGUUCAUUCCGAGUGCAGUGGCUGUGUUCACUAAGCUGAUGAAACAGCCAGCUUGUAUUACUGGAAUUUGUUUCGUCGUCUCUCUUUGCAUGACUAAACACGCUGUCGUAGUAGACGAGGCCGUUGUGAUGCAAUUCAUCAGAUGUCGUGGACCAGAAUUCCUCAUCAAAGCACUAAAGUGUUACUCUGCAAUCCCAAGAACAGAACCCGAAACCUUGGUCGCGUGCUUCUUCCCACUUUCCUGUAUGGGUCAAACGUCAGAGGGCAAGGAUUGGCUGGAGAAGAACAGUACCAAAGUUAUACAACAUGCAGAUGUUAAACCGCACUACAACAAUAUCAAGAGUGCUAUAGAGAGUUUCGGUGACAAAGGUGUCGCGAUUUGGACCAGUUUCUGGGAAUAUUUUGAAAAGAUGACUCAGUACCAGAUGGAUAGAAAAAUGGCAGAGCUUCUUGAAGAAGAGGAGCAUGAAAAAAUUAUGAAAACGAAGAAAAGAGAAAAGAAAAUACAGAAGCGACAGAACAAGCGGCAGCAACGAAAGGGUGUGCAGGCUACCGUUGCGAAACCCUGCGAAGAAAAGAUUGUUGGAAAUAUUAACGAACAGCAGGAGGAGAAAUCUACCAGAGGAAAUACAGAUAUAGUCAACGACGCAGUGGUCAUGUCUACAAGACUACCGGUUACAAUGAAGGACUUCAGGAACAAAAAAGAUAAUCGGGCCACAGACGAUGUCAUCACUAUUUCCAGAAAACCCCAAGUUCCAAUGAAGCAGAGGAAUGAUGACGUCAUCACGAUAUCCCAGAAACCCCAGGUUCCAAUCAAGCAGAGGAAUGAUGACGUCAUCACGAUAUCUCAGAAACCCCAGAUUCCAAUGAAGCCAAAGAAUGAUGACGUUGUCAUUAUUUCUAAGAAGCCACCAGUUCAAUUCAAGAACGAAAAACGAACGAACAAGAAGGAAAUAUCUGAUAUCACAUUUGGAAAUUUACAUGAUAGUGAAAACGACGACGAUGCGUCUCUUCUAUUCAAAAUGGAGUUGGCGGCGUUGGAAGGUACCGUAGAUCCAGGUAUAUAUGACUUUUUUGACAUGCGCAACGAUAAUCAGUGGGUGACUGUUCAGGGAAAGAAGGAACGGGCUAAAGCAAACAAAAGCACAGAGGAAGCUACGGAAACGAUGCCUGGUACCGACCAAAAGUUUGACAUAGAGCAUCAAAUUGAUGAAGUUAAAAAUGAUGACUUCAAAAAGCGCCCAAACCAGCGUCAACGGCGUGCGAACAAGGUAAAUAAUGGCCCUAGAUGGGCCGACAUGGUGAAAGGCAGUGGAGUGAUUGAGAAAGAACCAGAGCCCGUCAGGCAAGGAACUUAUGCCGACAGGGUUGUGGGGAAGACAUAUGACGAGAAUUUUCCUGUUUUAGGUGGAGUGUCACACGUCAGGGGUGAACAAGGUCAUUGUGAGCAGCAAAUGCCACCGGGGCAACAUGAUCAGCAGCGCGUGUGCAAUUUUGCUGCUGCGGUCGAAAGUACGACGACAGAUAGUGACGACUUUCGUUCAGAUCUCACCUCAACUGAGAGUGUUGUCGAUGGUGACUGUGGCAGGACAACACCGUCCUCGGGGAUCAAUGACAACAAGGCUGCCAUGGACGAUUGUUCUUCGAUUCACAGCGGGGAAAUCUAUAUUUCGCCAGAAAAAGAUGCAUACUUUGAAAGUGAAUGGGAAGUCCGUCCUCAACAGAAUACCAUAUAUACAGCAAAUACAUGUGAGCGAACAACUAACUUGUUUGACAUCGCAGCGAGUGUCCUGUUUGAAACGAAAGUCCCCAACAAUCACAAACCAAAAGAAAACAAUGCACUUGAGACAGACUUCCUUGGUUUACCUAAAAGAAGUGGACAUCACAGUUUCGAGUUUUUAUCAUCCGCUAAAACAUUAACACCAAAUGAAUGGGAUCUAGCAGAAGAUACGCCAAGGGAUGAACGUGUCAAUAAAGCCGAACAGAAUGUGCAUAAUCUGGAAAAUGGUAAAGGUGAUUUUAGACAGGGGCAUGUCCCAAAAAUGGAGAAGAGAGGCUUUUCCGAUUCUGUAAAAGAUUGGUUAAAAACUUGUACACCACUUCAUACGGCGAACAAGACAAACAAAAGACCGUCAGAUAACCUGCCUAAGAAUCCAGUCACGCUGCUUGAACAGAUAAAGGAACCUCAGCAAACGCAACCUCCAAAGAUGCCAGUUGGAAAUCAGGAGUAUGACGCGCAAAGGCUAAAACACAUUCCAAUUCAAAAUGAUGUGUCAGACCAUCAGCUUUUAAAAAGACAACAGCAGGAAUCAAAGCAAAACAUUGCCGUGAUACAACCGAUAGGGCAUGGUGCAAAUAGAGAAAAAAGAACAGCGCAGGAAAACAUAAGCAGCAACGUCAAAGCAGAGGACAAAUGCGAGGACUGCCAUCUCUCUUUCGGGGAUUCUCUUCUGAGAAAUGUUUCAAGAUUGCCUACAGAAGACGACGAAAUCUGGCUUCCAUCUGACUUGUCCGGGGAUGGAUUGCUUAAUCAGGAUAACUACAGCAUAAACGCUAGUGAUCAGGGAAAGGAUCUACCGAUCUUUCCUGGUUUCCAUGACGAUACAAAACCACCAUCACCUGUUGUGCCAUUUCAGCGAAACAUGGACGUGUUUCUUCAAAUGCAACUUCUCGGUUACUACCAGACUCGUUGCAAGCAGCCAGGGAUCAAAGGUUCUGUGUACGGCCACGAUUUAUCCUACUACUGCUCAGCCAUGGGCAUUUCAGAGGAGAAGCUGAAGUCGUUUGAAAGUGUGAUAUCGUCGAGCAAUGCAAACACAUGUGGGGCACAACAAAAGAAACGAGAUGCACUCGCUACUGAACCUGUUAACACCCAAAUACCGCAACAGAGAAAUACCGAUAUCCAUCAUGACCCCGCAGUACUUAUGGCAUUAGAUGAAGGGCCAUACCUAGCAAACAAUCCUGAACAAAACAUGACAACAAAGGAUAACAGGCUAGUAGGAGAACAUGUCGCAGAAAAGAAGGUACCAGACACAGCGGAAUCAUAUGUCCGGACUCAAUCUUCAGCAGAAGUUAUUGAUAGAGCGAAUAUGAAGUAUCAGGAGAGAACUGCAUUCCGGGAAGAAAUUAGUGAAAACUUUACUAAAAGCUCUGCUAUUAAAUGGACACAGAGGAGUAAACGAUGGAAAGACAAGAUGUCGGAGAUAUCGAAGAUGCCCUCUGUCUUCCUUAGACAGAUUGGAGACAUCAUAAUUCCGACGGAAUACAGGGAGCGGUAUACUAUUCCUUACUCAGACAGCACGGCUGUUCUUGGACUCCUUGUUGACGGGACGGAGGUUGCAGUACACAUUAUCGAGUUGUCUAGUCGACCAGUCACCGAGGCCAUUCUACAGAAAUUGACGUCACAGGAUAUCUCGCAUUAUUUUCUUGUAAAAUACCGGGCCUUCAGCAUAGAGUCGGGCACGUGUUUCCUGGCCAUGGACCUGCACGAGUACACACUAUCGGAGUAUUUGGCCUUGCAGCAGAUAGACAUCAACCUUGACCCAUUAGCUAUCAACAGGAUGGGAUGGCAGAUACUUAAGGGCAUGGGCUAUCUUCACGACUGCUGUGACGUAGUACACGGAAACGUCAUGCCCACUAACGUUUUAGUAGAUGUAGACGAGAAGCUGAGGCUAAGCGAGUAUUACCUUCCUCCUCCCCUUGGUGGCAGUGUUCGUACACUAAUUCCAACGUCUCCGAUGCCUGCUGAUAGAUACUGCUGGAUGCCAACUGAGAUCGUGACUGAAUCUGGAAGUUACAACAAGCAGUCAGACAUACAGGUAACCGGAAUGUUGUUGUACUACUUACUGACCGGAGGGCAUCACCCGUAUGGAGAAAACAAUCUGGCAAUUCAAGUCAGCAUCCAACAAAAUUGGCCAGACAUCAAGUACCUGGGCGGGGAGGUCAACGAUUUGCUGUCCAAUAUGCUCUGUAUGCCACAGGGUAAUCGACCUUGUAUAGGAGAUCUACUGAAACAUCCUUACUUCUGGGCUGACGAGAAGCGACUCAGGUUUGUCCUUAUCGCUGGUUCAGACGUUCUCCGGGACAUGAAACUAGGAGUUCCGACAUUUGGAGGGACGGGAGGCACCAUGAUCGACAUCAUCAAUGCAGUCGGCUGUGACACAUUCGCCAACGACUGGAUGUCACUGGUUGAUCCGAUCAUCAUGAAGGAGAUGCGAUCAUUCCGUCAGUACAAGAACACGCUUGUGGAACUAGUCCUCUUUGUCUACAACUGUUGCCUCCAUUUUGAAAAAAUGUCUGAAGAAGCACGAGAUGUACUUGAUGAACCCUGUAAGUACUUCCUGACGAAGUUCCCAGUGCUGUUCAUGUCUGUGUUCAGCGCCAUCAAAGGGUCGGACCGAUCCCAGAAGAUUUGCUACAAACCAUUUUUCUGAAGCAUGCGCGGUUUCCUCCUCUUUCCAGCGGAAACGCUCUUCGAAUAAGUUCCGUAAUGAUUUAAAAGUUUUUAUUAACAAUCCGGGAGAACUUGAGCACAAGCACAGGAAAAACUAACUAAUUACUUUUCAUGAUGUUGAAACAAUCGUGGACACGUGACUGGCCAACAGCACGUAACGGAAGACAGUCUUCUAAUGGUAAUUAUAUUUACGGAAAAAAUGUUUGAAAUAUUCAUGUAUUUAUGAAUUGAUAAACUAAUGUUUUAAAGCAUGCAUGUAUCGGAAAAAUAGCAAGUGAUAUAUACUAUCGCCAUUCAACUUCGCAAAAAUGUGCAAAUAAAACAAUUUAAACGGG